AUGAUGAUUUCAACGCCGAUACCUUCGCCAGGUAUUGUUGAACCAAUUGAUGAAUCUCUUAAUAUAAAUGUCUAUGAUGAUAAUGGAUAUUUACCUUUACAUCGUGCUGCAUUCAAUGGACAUGAACUAACAAUUAAGAACAUCUUAGAUGAAGCUCAAAAGCGAAAUGAACUUCUACAACAACUUGAAGCAAUAACACAUGAUGUUAAUGAAUUUACUCCAUUACUUUUAGCAACUGCAGCCGGACGACUAGAUAUUAUUGCUUAUUUUUUAACAUAUCCGGUGAAUUUUUAUGCAACGGAUGCGCAUGGAUUCGGUAAUUGUUCAGAGGAGUGA